AUGUCGGCCCAAGCAAACACCAGCGGGAUUGAAAAAGAGAUACGGAAGAUACGUCUUACGUUUGACCGCGCCAAAGAUCGAUAUUGCUACUAUUGCGAAGAUGGGGGAUCAAUUAUGUACUGCGAUUUCUGCAAACGGGGCUUUUGCUACAACGUGAUGGGCGAGGCAGGAAAUGAGAUACCUGGAAACUCAGACACACCACAAUCACAGCCCUGCUUGACUGUCCCCCCUGAGAUGGCUGCUAACAAGGGUAGGCACUUUACAUGCCCUGAAUGCUUGUCAGUAGACAAGUAUUCGUUGCCGGAUUAUCUUAUUAAUAGAGGUGCAAGGGUAACCAGUAGAGUUUCUAUUAAGGCUUCUGUUGCCCUGGUGGUUUUUUACUUGAAGUCGCAAGAGGUAGCUGCCGAAUUGUUUGCCAGGCAACUCUGCGCCUCCCUUGGGGUGUUUGAACUACAUGUUGUCACCCUUUUCAUGAAGCUUCCCAGCCCAGCUCCCGAGAAAGCGGCAGAAGAUAUUCGUCAACAACUUUUACCCAAAUCCCCCUACCACCUUGUUGUCUUUUUUUUGACAGAGAGUGAUCCAAGGGGAGGAUGGUGGGUUGGGUCUGCGGACAAUUGUAGAGGCUCAGAACGUGUGGACGAGGAAGAUUUUUUCCUUUGCCAUAUGGCCGGUCUCACUGGAUUGGCCAUUGAUGCUUCGACAGCACGCAUUUUUGGCCUUACUUGUGGGUCCAACUUGUUAAACAAAGACUCAGCUUCAUUGAUUCACAAAACGCUAAAUAUACGCCCUUGGCACUCAAUUGUUUUGCCUUCAGCCCCUGCAACUAUCCCUCGCCAUUACUUUGGUAUAUUUGCCAAGCUUAUGGUUCACCUCUAUUACUUUGGGUCUCCACUAAGAAAUUCACUCCUGCGUACUUGGGCCAAAUCCCCUGAAGCACGAGAGCAUACAGGGUUUGUGAUCAUGGAUAGACAGAGCUGGAAAACCCCAGGCUCAAAUCUUAUAGUGAGUAAGCUAGAGUACGCCCCCCAUGUCAGUCGACCCUAUGGCGUGGAGCUUCCAAUGAUACCCUCACUUUGCGGUUGCUGGACAAAAUCUCCACAUCGCUGGAAGGAGCGGCAUGCAUCUAGAACUUUCGGGGAAGAAUUUUACUUUUACACUUCAUCAUGCUGCGCCACCGAGCUACAUAUUGCUAUUUAUACCGAUCGUCGUGUCUUGUUGAAUGUCCACGGCACGCGUAUCAUGGAGGAGCCAUGGGAUCCUGACACCCUACGUUUCACAUUCGAUCCCACCAGAAUGGUAUGCAUGAAGAUAUUGCCUUCAAGGAAGGAGUCAAUGGAAAACCAACCCGCGCAUAAUAGUCCUUGGACUGAAGCUGGAUUAGGAGACCAACUUGAAUGA